CUUGACAGCGCUAAUGUAAAGUGCGGAUAGUUUGUCACUAAUGGAUGAUGCAACAUCCUCACAGGAAGAAGUCAAGAAAACUUUGCCUCCUAAGCAAACUUUUCUCUCUUUAUCGUGGGAUUACUUUAAAUUUUUGCUGACGUGUGCAUCUAUUUAUGGAGUGGGGUACUUCCGACUUAGUGUUAGUUGGGUAUUACUGGGGUCAUUGGGCUACUUCGUAAUACGGCACACUAAAAAUAAGAACUCGAAGUUGAUCAGUUCAUUAAAAGCAAUCGGAGAAGAUGAAAAAGCAUUCAUCAUUCAAAAUUUUUCUGUCAGGGACCUUCCAUCAUGGGUUUACUUUCCAGAUGUUGAACGAGCUGAGUGGCUUAACAAGGUGAUUAAACGGAUGUGGCCGGCCAUCAGUCAAUAUGCAAGGGACAUCGUCAUCCAAAAUAUAGAACCUAUUGUUUCUCAGAAUUUACCAGCUGCAUUGACGCCUUUCAGCUUCGCAACUAUUGAUUUGGGGGACACCCCUCCUCGAAUCGGUGGCAUUAAGGUUUAUAUGAAUGAAAAUAUCCGUAAGGAUGAAAUAGUUCUUGACUUGGAUCUUAUGUUGUACAGUGAUGCGAGAAUAAAGGUAAACCUGGGGAAAGUCAAAGCAGGUGUAAAAGAAUUUGAGUUGCGUGGUACACUACGUGUAGUUAUGAAGCCACUGGUCCCGAAAGUUCCGUUUGCUGGUGCAGUGACAGUUUGUUUUCUCGACAGUCCAUACAUCAACUUCUCGUUAACAGACAUGGGGAAUAUCCUUGGACUUCCUGGGCUACAACAAACUCUGAAUACAGUUAUUCGUAAUGUUGUCAACCAGUUGGUUGUUCUUCCUAAUCGUCUACCAGUUCAACUUCUCCCUGAUAUUGAUAUACAGAGUCUGAAAUAUCCAUUACCACAAGGUGUCCUUCAUGUCAAUAUGAUAUCUGGUCGUAAUUUAAAAGCAGGUGACAAGAGUAUGAUCGGUCGUCAUACCUCAGAUCCAUAUUGUGUUAUACGAGUUGGUGCUAGAUCAUUUAAUACGUCAGUGGUCAAAGAAACUUUGGAGCCUGUUUGGAAUCAACAUUUCGAGUUUAUCGUGGAUAUUUGUCAUGGUCAAUCAGUCACAGUGGAGGUGUAUGACAAAGAUCAGGGCAAUAAGGAUGAUUAUUUAGGCUGCACUUCAAUACCAGUAGAACCCGUGUUCAAUGAAGGUGAAAUCGAUACUGUGAGUGUGAAUAAAAAUUUGAGUGUUAUUUCGAAUGUGUUAUAUUGUGUAAUAUGCAUUUUUGAAAAUUAUUCUUCUGUGUCAUUGUAA